GACCGGGAUUUCAUCAUGACCUUCAAUACCUCGCUGCACCGCUCGUGGUGGAUGGAGAACGGGCCGGGCUGCCUGGUGACGCCGGUGCUGAACUCCAACCUGGCGCCCGAGGACCAUCACGUCAUCACCGUCAGCGGCUGCCUGCUGGACUACCAGUACAUCGAGGUGGUGAGCAGCGCCGCACAGAUCUUCCUGGCGCUCUUUGGCUUCGUCUACGCCUGCUACGUCAGCAAAGUGUUCCUGGAGGAGGAAGACAGCU